AUUUUAGAACUGGCAGCUUGGAGUAUUGGCUGAUAAAUCCAUUUGGUUUUCCUAAUCUUCCCGGUAUAAAGCAAAAGGAUUUAAGAGUCCUAUUUCACCCUCAAAAACUACAGUGUCUCCGUUUGGCGAUCAUCUGCAGGCAAUUUCCACCUAAAUUUCCAGCAGAUCUGAAAUUCUUCGUUUUCGAUAAUUCGUUGUAUACUUCAUUUUUGUGUUUCGAAGUUUCACAUCAUUCCUAGUGCGACCUCCAAUCUCUGCUAGCCAUGAAUUCUCGAAGGGAACGUAGCAACAGAGCAGCACUAUUUGAUGGAAUUGAGGAAGGUGGUAUAAGGGCUUCGUCGUCAUAUGCUUCACAUGAAAUUGAUGAACAAGAGAAUGAGAAAGCAAUGGAUGGGUUGCAAGAUAGAGUUAAUCUGCUGAAAAGAUUAUCAGGUGAUAUACACGAGGAAGUGGAGACACAUAAUAGGAUGCUGGACAGAAUGGGUAAUGAUAUGGAUUCUUCAAGGGGAGUUUUGGCUGGAACAAUGGAUAAAUUUAAGAUGGUAUUCGAGACCAAAUCAAGCCGAAGAAUGUUUACACUUGUAGCCUCAUUUGUGGUCCUCUUUUUGGUGGUAUACUAUCUCACUAGAUAAUUAGCAUUGUGAACUAGAAUAUGUAGUGGUUUUGUGUGCAGAAAGAAAUGCUGUUUUUACUCAAAAUUCUGCUGCCAAUUCCUCAAUGUAAGAAUUUUGUGACUUGUGGGUCUGUGUAAAAGAUGUUUUGGUGCAACAGAUGCUUUUCAGUGUCAAAUGGAAUAUCAGUACUAUGCAGUUAAACAUUUUA